CCAGGGAGCAGGGAAAUUCGAACCAAAUUCUUCAGCCAAUGUCAACACGUCAGAAAUAAAUUUGUAAUCAAUUGGACAUUUCCACAUAUGGCUCCGAAAAAGAUUACAAUUAGUGCGAUAUUUGGCCUACGAAGAUUUCUAGAAUUUUGACGGUUUCUUAAAAUUAAUUGUGCAACUAAGCUGAUUAAAGGGGAGGACGGACAACGACAGGAAUGACCAACACAAAAAAGUCGGCGAGUAAUGGGAGUACUUCUUCUUACCUGGAAGUUCCGAUGAGCAGUAACAAUCGCACGACACCAUCUCAGGCGUCUCGGACCAAGGGGAAGCGCAAGGUCUCGUCGACAUCUGAAUCUGGAGGAAUCUACCAUGGAGAACCAGAUUAUAAAAAAGACCUGUCGUCUAUUCUCCUCCUACUCUUCCUCUACAUUCUACAGGGAAUUCCACUCGGUCUGAUUGCAUCCAUCCCAAUGAUUCUGUUGAAUAAAUCUGCAGCGACGUACACGGAACAAGCCAAGUUCUCCUUUGCCUACUGGCCCUUUAGCCUUAAAUUAUUGUGGGCUCCCAUUGUUGACUCGAUCUACUCGGAGAGAUUUGGACGAAGAAAAACGUGGUUGGUGCCAAUGCAGUACCUCCUUGGAAUUUUUAUGUUCAGUCUUAGUUUUCAAGUUGAUGGCCUGUUGGAACAAGGGAACAUUACAAAGAUUACCGCAGUCUUCUUCUGCCUUAAUUUCCUCGCUGCGACUCAAGAUAUUGCUGUUGAUGGGUGGGCACUAACUAUGUUGAGGAGGGAAAAUGUUGGAUACGCUUCCACAUGCAAUAGUGUUGGACAAACGGCUGGUUACUUCUUGGGGUAUGUUGUUUUCCUGGCUUUGGAAUCUGCGGAUUUCUGCAACAAUUAUUUGCGAUCUGCAGAUGCAGCGAAAGCUAUUGGAAUGGUGACCCUCUCUGAAUUCCUCUACUUUUGGAGCUGGGUCUUCCUAAUCACCACCACUCUUGUAUGGAUUCUAAAAACUGAGAAACCAGAGGAAAUAGACUUUUCAGAUGAACCUCGUCUCAGCCUUGUAGAUAGCUAUAAAUUGUUGUGGCACAUUAUUCGUCUAAAAUCUGUAAAGAGACUUAUUCUUUUCCUACUCACAUGCAAGAUUGGCUUUGCUGCAGCAGACUCUGUAACAGGACUAAAAUUAGUAGAGGCAGGAGUUCCAAAAGAUCGCUUGGCCCUAUUAGCAAUCCCAAUGACCCCUUUGCAAAUUGUCCUGCCGCUUUUCAUAAGCAAAUACACUGCUGGGUCAAAACCAAUGGGAAUAUUUAUAAAAGCUAUGCCCAUCAGACUUGUAUUUGGUCUUAUCUUUGCUGCAAUUGUAUACGCAACCCCGAGGUAUUUUGCAUCUGCAGAUGGUUCUUAUGGAUGGCCGUAUUACACGUUUUUAGUGUUGGUAUAUUCCAUACAUCAGAUCUCUGUGUACAGUAUGUUUGUGGCAGUGAUGAGUUUUUUCGCCAAAAUUAGUGAUCCCACCGUUGGAGGAACCUAUAUGACUCUUCUAAACACAUUAAGCAAUCUUGGGGGAAACUGGCCCGGAACUUUGGCUUUAUGGAUGGUUGAUCCACUUAGUCGUAAGUACUGUGAGGCAAGAUCUGAUAAUGACUGUUCCACUCAUGAGUUAAAGCAGGCCUGUAGCUCUACUCUAAAAUCUAAAUGUAUAGCAGAAGUGGACGGCUACUAUAUUGAGUCUGUAAUUUGUGUUAUUAUCGGUCUAAUUUGGGUUUACACAUGGGGCAAGCCAACAAUUAACAAAUUACAAUCGAAAUCUGAUCGACAGUGGAAAGUUCAAAGCUCUGAAUCAAAUAGGAAAGAACAUUGACUAGCUUAGUAUGUUAUAUAAGUAAAAAUUAUCGAAACCAAUUUUUUUAAAGAUUCUGAAUCUAGUUUAUACUUUUCCUUUAAAGGUGCGGACAUUGAAGUAACUUCCGCACGAAUUAUAUAGCUUUAAUGUACAAAAGACCAAGGUCCCUGCACUUGGGGGGUUGCUUUGGAGAUGAAUUCGAAGCUACAACAAUGUUGUAGCUUCGAGUUCAUCUCCAAAGCAACCCCCCCUAGUACAAAGACCUUGACAAAAGACUGUAAACAGGAUAUAUGUUGCUACGUUCCAUGGAUAUUGGGAUAUCCUCAUCUAUAUGUUGUAUUGCAUUGCAUGCUUGCAAGUCACGUUUUUAUCUCAAAAUCUACCAAAGUACCAAAUAGUAACUGGGUGGUGCUAAUUUCAAGUUUUUAGAAAAUCGUGUCGCCUUAUUGUCAACUAAAUUGCAGGUGUAAUGCACUGAUAAUGCAGGUAUAGCUAUAAUUUUAUUGACAUAAGAUAUUUAUUACUAAUUAGUGAAAAUGUGAUAUUUUUCAACAACUAUUGAGAUCAUUUAGUUAGUUAUACAAGGUUGGAAUUACGUAGAGAUCAAAUCUACACGUUUUAAAUAAAGUAUGAUAUACAUUAAAAU